AUGUAUCUCUCCGUCCGCCCGAGAGACGUUUAUAACUUCGACGAGACCGCCUUGUACUUGUCGGUCUUACCUCGCAAGACGUACGGGGAAGGGCGCGUGGCAGGUCGCAAGUUGGCGAAGGAGCGCCUCACAGUCGGGUUGCUAGUGAACGCGGAUGGCAGCCACGCAUUUCGCCCCUUGGUCAUCUCUAAGGCCAAGCGACCGCGGGAUUUUCUUCCCGACUACGACCCUGAGGAGCUAUGCUACUGGCAUCACAACAAAAAGGGAUGGAUGACGGCACCGCUCUUCACGCACUUCAUCGGCCAGCUGAACGCCGCAAUGGUGGCCGAGGACCGUUUCAUCGUCAUCCUGUUGGAUAAUGCAAGCAGCCACGCCCUCCGUAGCGACGACGCCACGUCGGAGGACAUGUUUGGCUUCCGCACCCGCAACCUCGGCAACAUUCGGCUGGUCUUCCUGCCGCCCAACACGACCGCCUUCACGCAGCCGCUCGACCAGGGACUGAUAGCCACGACGAAGGCGCGCUAUCGCCAGCACUGGCUCCGUGCGGUCACGGCUUUGUGGACCGAUGAUGGCGCCAUGCCCGUGAUGGCGCGCUACCGUCCGAACAUGCGCGACGUCAUCGCGUGGUUGUCGGACGCAUGGAUGAACAUUCCCGUGCGCACGAUCCAGCGGUGCUGGUGGCGCACGGGGUGCAUGCCGCGCUCGUGGGCCAUGCAACUGGCGCAUGUCGGCCAGGACGGCCUUGCAGCAGUCGGCAACGGCGUGAACGCCGCUCUCCCCAUUGACCUCGACGAGGACAUUGGGGACGUGGGCUUGAUGAUUGCUCGGCUCGGUCUCGGGACGAGCGCCAUGCUGGCCGCGGCCUUCGUCGCCCUCGACGACGAUCAGCCCACGUGCGCCGAGCCGGGCGAAGACCCGCUCGCUCUUGAGCCCGCGGCGGGGUAUUCGGACGCAUCGUGGGAGGCGCCGACCGCCAUGCAGGCAGUUUACAACGACGACAAUCCGGAGAGCCGAGAGGCGCGGCGCUAUGCCCGAGCGGCGAGCGAGAUGCUCAUUGGUUACGCACGUGCCACCGGCAUUUCGCCGCGCAACCUGUGCGCGCUUUUCGAGAUUCGUAACCCCAUCAUCGUCGACCACAUGGAGCGCGCAAGCCCCCCCCUGAACCUGAACCUGAACGCGACCCCGCAGCCCGCUCGCCAGCCUGCUGCGUCCCCUGCUGUCGAUCCUGCGCAGGCACCUGCGGAGGCACGCGCUCCUCGUCGCCGCGGGCGCGUUCUGCCUGCGUGGAUGUACGCGCCUGCUCCCACCCGCCAGCACCUGAUCGACUCAGGCGUGAGUGCCGUCAUGAACGGCUAUGUUGAUGCUGCAGAGUGGAUGACUCUCCCGAACCGUCGCCCACGCUUUCCCCCACCGUCGCCCACGCUUUCCCCCACCAUCGCCCACCCUUCCCCCUACCUUCGCCCACCCCCACCGUCGCCCGCGCUUGCCCUCCCAUCGCCCUCGCUUAGCCUUGCCGCCGACCUCCCUUCCCUCCCACCUCUCUCCGCGUCCCUCUCACCCACCCUGGACGGGGAGGUAUGGCGGGCUGGGCUGGGAGCUAGGGAUGGGGUCGUGACUCGUUCGCUGUGGGGUGUGGAAGGGUGCGUGUCGUCCUCCUCUCCCUCUCCCUUCCUCCCUUCCUCCAUCUCUCUGCCUCACUACCCUCUUUACCCUCUCUGUUGCCCGUCGUCCCUUCCUCCCUUCCUCCCGUCCUCCCGUCCUCCCUUCCUCCCUUCCUCCCGUCCUCCCGUCCUCCCUUCCUCCCGUCCUCCCUUCCUUCCGUCCUGCCUUCCUCUCGUCCUCCCUUCCUCCCGUCCUCCCGUCCUCCCUUCCUUCCGUCCUCCCUUCCUCCCGUCCUCCCUCCGUCCCGUCUUGUUCCCAUCCAUCCAAUCCGUAGCUCCUCCUCACCCCAUCUCCUCCCUUCCCUCGAACGAGCUCGCUCAUUCCCCUCCUGUCACCCACGCACGCACCCUCCCCUCGACCGACAAGUCGUUCUCCGCUUCCGUCGCAUAUGCGUUCAUUUCCCCUUCCCUCAUCUCCCCAUUCCUCAUCUCCCCUUCCCUCAUCUCCCCAUUCCUCAUCUCCCCCUCCCUCAUCUCCCCAUUCCUCAUCUCCCCUUCCCUCAUCUCCCCAUCCCUCAUCUCCCCAUCCCACACCUCCCCAUCCCUCAUCUCCUCAUCCCUCAUCUCCCCAUCCCUCAUCUCCCCAUUCCGCCUCACCCCAUUCCGCCCCACCCCAUUCCGCCAUGCCAUCCUACUCCUCAUCCCCAUUCCCUCGUUUCCCCAUCCCUCCUUUCCCGAUCCCAUCAUUCCCUCUGCCAACUUUCCCAUCCCACCAUACGGUCAUACCCCAUCCCGCGACCUCCCCGUCACCUCCACCCGACCCCUCUCCUCCCUGCUUCUUCCCAUCUUCCCAUCUUCCGCCUCGCCAAAAGGUUUAUUCUUCACCACCUCCGCUAUCCAUCCUUUCUAUACCCAUCCCCUCCUCCCCAUCCAUCCCAUCCCCAACUCCUGCCCCUAUCCCUCCUCUCGCGAUCCCUCCUCUCGUUUUCUCAUUCCCUCCUCUCGUUUUCUCAUUCCCUCCUCUCCCCGCCCCGUUCCUCCAUGUCUCCCAUCUGCCGUACCUCACCUCCAUCUGUUCCUCCCAUCCUCCAUCCUCGUUACCUCCCUGCCACCCUUUCUCCUCCCCACCCUCCUCCCCAGCCUUUCUUCCUCCCCUCCCUUCUGCUUCUCCCCCAAGCGUCCUCCCUGCCUCCCUUCCUCCCAUCAUCACUUCCUCCCUUCCUUCAUUCCUGCAUUCAUCACUUCUUCCCUUCCUCUGUUCCUCCCUCAUUUGCCAGUUGUCAUUCUUUUGAAUGCUUGCUUCCCUUAUAUUUCAGCCACGUUACAUCUGACUUCUUGGUUUGUGUUUGGACAGGCCUGCUCUGCAUCUGGUUGUGAAUAA